UAUUUCAACACAUUCAAAUCUAACCCGCCAAAACCAAACAUAUAAACCGUCAUCACCCUUAUUCGAUCAUCAAAUUCUACAUGUACAGAAAAUCCAUGUUAUCUUCCACAUACGUAAAAGCCUCCAAGAAAACGCUCUUCCUCUUAGAUAAAUGCCGUACCAUAUCCCAAAUCAAACAAAUCCAAACCCAUCUCACCGUCUCGGGCACUCUUAAAGACCCAUAUGCCGCUGCUAAAAUUAUCUCCUUUUGUGCUCUCUCUAGUAAUCAAUUCAGUCUCUCUCACGCUUACCGUCUCUUUCUUGGUCUUCGUCAUCGAUCCACCUUCAUUUGGAACACUGUUAUUAGAGCUUUCGCCGAGAAAAAUGAACCGAGGAAGGCUAUUAUGUUAUUCAAGAACAUGCUUUAUAGUAAUUUCUUGCCGAACAACUACACUUACUCUUUUCUCUUUAAAGCUUGCACUGAUUUAAAUAAUUUGUACUUGGGUUUAGCUUGCCAUUGUCAAUCUAUUAAAUUGGGCUGGGAGUUUUAUGACUUUGUUCAGAACGGGUUGGUUCAUAUGUUUGCAAUUUUUGGCUGCAUGGAUUCAGCUCGAAAGUUGUUUGAUUUGAGUUCUAAUCGAGAUGUGAUUACUUGGACUGCUUUGAUUAACGGGUACGUGAGAGCUGGUCAAGUUCUGAUUGGACGGGAACUGUUCGAUAAAAUGCCUGAGAGGAAUUCGGUUUCUUGGAGUGCUAUGAUUACUGGCUAUGUACGAGUUGGGUUUUUUGAAGAAGCGCUUGAGCUUUUUAAUGCUAUGUUGAUAUCUGGGUUUUGGCCGAAUCAUGCUGGAAUUGUCUGUGCUAUUAAUGCUUGUGCUUCUCUUGGUGCUCUAGAUCAAGGAAGGUGGAUACAUUGUUAUAUUAAGAGAAAUAGAAUGGACUUGGAUAGAGUGAUGGGUGCUGCUCUUAUUGACAUGUAUGCUAAGUGUGGAUGUAUUGAGAUAGCUUGUUCUAUAUUUGGUGAAUUGAGAAAUAGAGAUGUUCAUGUUUAUACUUGUUUGAUAUCAGGUUUAGCAAAUCAUGGGCAGAGUGCAACUGCUGUUGAGCUCUUUGAAAGGAUGCAUAGUGAAGGAGUUGUACCAAAUGAGGUUACAUUUGUAAGUGUUUUAAAUGCUUGUAGCCGAAUGGGGCUGGUGGAUAAAGGGUUGAGAAUAUUUGAGAACAUGAGUAAGAUUUAUGGGGUUGAGCCACAAGUUCAGCACUAUGGUUGUCUAGUUGAUCUCUUGGGAAGAGCUGGAAAGCUAGAGGAGGCAAAGAAAUUGGUUAAAGAGAUGCCUAUGAAGCCGGAUUCAUAUGUCUUGGGUGCAUUGCUAAAUGCAAGUAGGGUUUAUGGUGAUGUUGAGUUGGGUGAAGAGACAGUUGAGAGCUUAGCUCAACUGAGUCUUGACCAUAGUGGUGUACAUGUUGUUCUUUCAAACAUGUAUGCCUCUGCUAACAAAUGGGAUGAGGUAGCUAGGGUAAGAAGGGGAAUGGGAGAUAAAAAGGUGAGAAAAGUGCCAGGUUGUAGUUUGAUUAAAGUGGAUGGAGGGUAAAACAUGUCUUGUCUUGGGAUACCUCUUGCUGACACACUUUUGAACAGGAUGAUAUUUUGGUUUAACAUACAAGUUGGAAGCAAAAGUGAUAUAUUAUUGGGCCCAUAUCAACGUUAACUUCCAAAACUACCCUUCACUACUAGUAUUAAACAAAGGCAAAAAUCCAUUAUUAAACCCCUAAAAUUUUCUCUUUUAUUUUAUUGAGCUCUUAAAAUUUUAAUUUAUUUUUUUGAGCCAUUACAAUUUUAUUUUUAAUUUUUAUUAAAUACUUCUUAUACACAUUUCAUGUGACUUUUGUUUGUUGUAUUGAGUUCUUAUAUUUUACUUUUUGCUUUGAUUAAGAACUAUUAA